GAUUGUCCACAGCUGUGAGGACGGACAACAAUAAAGUAAAGAAAUAUAGUCACAUUGAUAGACUGAGGCACAGAUAGUUUUCCAGGCCGUCUCUCAAUGGACGGCUCUGAAAGAAGAUAUCAGUAUUUACUGCGGCCGGCUCUGUUUGGUGUGCAAGUUAAACUUUGGCCGGGAGUCCAUUGUCUCCAGUGUCGAUCAUUUAAUGGGAGCUUUGACAUAAUGAAUGAAGGGUUCCACCUUCCGUCCCACAGAAAGAGCCGCACUUAUCAGAGCCAAUCACAGCGAGCCCAGCACAGCUUUGUUUUCUUUGUGCUUUUUAAUGAAGUUAACUCUCACAAACUCUCCCAACGCUCUAGAUCGGAGGACGAGGUACCUCCAAGACAUGGCUGGGCUUCCUCCGAGGCAGCCCGGAUUUGGGAAUUCUGGGAAGUGUUUUCUGAUUGAGAACCUGCUGCGUUCACCUGCUCCAGGUGUGUGUCCCAAGAGAUGCUCUCCGGAUCGGCUCUGUGUUCCUCAGGAACCAGCUCACACUCCGCCAGUUUUUAUGAGCAGUGUUUCUCUGCCCUGCUGCUCUGGACCUGGACCUGUGAUGAUGACUGCUGCUCAGUUCCCUGGGGGCGUGGUCUCCAGGGCCCGGCCGGGGGUCCUGCGGAGGGCCGUGUUCUCUGAGGAACAGAGACGAGAGCUGGAGAGAACCUUCUGCAAGCAGAAAUACAUCAGCAAGACUGACCGCAACAGACUGGCCACUGACCUCUGUCUGAAGGAGACGCAGGUGAAGAUCUGGUUCCAGAACCGCAGGAUGAAGUGGAGGAACUCCAGAGAGAAGGAGAGCACACACACACCACCGCCGGUGGAGCGACUGAUGCUCUGGAGACAAUCUGAACCACACACACACACACACCGGUGCACAGCACACACACACACACACCAGAUGACACAUCAGAGGAGAGAACACACUCUUGAUGCUAAACUAAAAAAAAAAAGACAUUUGGUGCUAAAGUGCUGUAAAUAUGCCUCAGUCUGCUGAAUGUGAAUAAUGCAACAGCUCUGUCACUGCUAAGGCAUGUGUAAUUAGAUGAUACGAGUUCUCACUAUCACUGCUAUUAUCGUCAUUGAGCUCUUUAUAGGAUGCACAACUAAUGUCUAUAACAAGCUCAGUUACAUUUACUUUACUUUUAAUCUUGCAUAAAGUGUACAUUGUAAAUUUUGAGUUACGUUUAGAUGAGAAACAUUACUUUUUAACUGAAAUGAGAUGGAACACUUAUUUCUUUUGACGUUCAUCUCUAACUGCAAUCACAGUUAAACACACUUUCACCGAGCAACACUUGACAUCUCAUUUCACACACAUAAACAGAUACCAGAUGAGGCUUUGGUUAAUAAUCAUUAUGACAUAAAAAAUCAUAACCACGAAAUAAAAAGAAAAUAAGAAUUAUGACGAACAUCAAAAGAUAUGAAUUACUAAGUCAUAAAAAGUUAUAAAACUAUGAGAUGAAAAGUAAUCAUUAUGACUAAAAAGUAAAAAUAAAAAAAUGAGAUAUUAAGGCAAAAUUAGAAAAAGUCAAAAUGAUGAGAUACUAUGUCAAAAUAAUGUAAAACAUAGUCUGAAUUAUGAAACCCUUAGUCAUAAUUAUCCAAUAAAACAUCAAGAAUAUAAGAUACCAAGUAAUAAUUAUGAAAUAUGAAUCUAAAUUAUGAGCUACUCUAUGAGAUAAAAGUAGAAAUUCUGACAUAAAAAGUUAUAAUAAGGACAGUAAGUCAAGAUAUCAUAAUUAAGAGUUUACAAUUUAAAAGUUACAAUUGUAUACUUCUAUGUCAUAAUUAUGUCUUGCAGAAGAAUGGCAUAUUGUUGCUACUGUAGCAGUAAAUUACCCUAAUAUGAAAGUUAUCUUAUUCAUAACAGUUACAGAUGAGUUAUUAAACUGCUGAGCUGAAGCAAUAACCCUCUUGAGUCUGCCUGAAAGUGUAAUAGUUUGAGAUAUCUGUCAUUGUGUAACUGAAGUUCAGCCUCAGAUGAAUGACUGGUCACAGUGUGGAAGUGUGAGGUCAGUGUUGUGUCACUAGGGGUCAGUGUUCUACAAUAAAUGACAAAAUGUCACAAACUCAGCUGAUCAUGAUAGAAAUAGCAAGUCACCAUGAUUUAAACACGAUUUUGGACCUAUGACGUCAUUUUAACAAUUGUAAAAUCCAUGUAAAAACACAGUGAUUGUACCACAGUUACAAUUAAUUGUUAAUUAUAAAAAUAAAU